CCUCCAGGACCCCAUGGGCUGCCUCUUGUGGGCAAUGUCAGCGACAUCCCCGCAUUUGAUCAGUUCCCGUGGCUGAAGUAUGACAUGCUUUCACGCAACUACGACACCGAUGUGCUGCGCUUGAGCGCAUUCGGCAGGAACCUCAUUGUCCUCAGCUCGUUGGAAGCCGCGACGGAGCUACUAGACAAACGCUCUUCCAUAUAUUCAGACAGGCCACGCAUGAUCAUGGUGAAUGAACUCUCCGGGUUUGGCUGGACGUUUGGGUCCAUCGACGCCAACGAAGAUUGGCGAGUAUGCAGGAAGAUGGCGCACACCGACUUCCAUGCGACGCCCGUCAAGAAGUACCGCCACGUCUUGACGAAGCAUGCCCACAACCUCGUUCAUCGGCUCGAUGCAGAGCGCGGGAAACGUUUACAAAUGCAUCUGAGGCACAUGGUCGGCGCGAACAUCAUGCAGAUCGUGUACGCCAUCGACGUCCUUCCGGAGAACGAUCCUUUCAUCAAGCUCGCCGAGGCUGCACAGGAGUGCAUCUCCCGUGCGGUUGCGGGGACCUACCUGGUGGAUCUCAUGCCCUUGCUCCGAUAUGUGCCUGCAUGGUUUCCGGGCGCCCAAUUCCAACGCGACGCGGCGAUAUGGCGGCAAGCGGCCGAGAAGCAGCUAAACGUUACAUUUGACGACUACUUGCGCCGCGCAAAUGAAGGAUUCUCAGGGGAAUGCACAGUCAAGGCCAUCCGCGAGAAAUUCGGCGAAGACACCGAAACGGAGCGUUGUGCCCGGAUGACGGCCGCCUCGAUGUACAUCGCAGGCUCGGAGACUGUCGCUGCCACGCUGCACACGUUCUUCCUCGCGAUGCUGCUCCACCCCGAGGUGCUCGCCCGCGCCCGUCAGGAGCUAGAAGCCGCCAUCGGGACGACCAGGCUCCCGAGCUUCGACGACAUCGACGCGGUCCCGUACCUCGACGCGGUCGUGAUGGAGGUCAUACGCUGGCAACCGGCCGUCCCUAUGGUCAUCCCGCACAAGCUGUGCGCCGACGACACCUACAAGGGCUACCACCUCGAGAAGGGCUCCGUCGUCACCGUCAACGUCUGGGCGAUCCUCCACGACGCGAAGACCUACCCGCACCCGGACGCGUUCGACCCCUCGCGCUUCCUCGCCCCGUCGGGCGCGGUCGACCCGUGCGUCCCGGACCCGUUCAUCGUGUUCGGGUUCGGGCGCCGCGUGUGCCCGGGGCAGCACAUGGCGCUCGACGCGCUGUGGGUCACGGUCGCGACGGUCGUCGCGUGCCUCGACGUCCGGCCCGCCCCAGGCGUCCGGAUCGAGGACGUGCGUGCGGAGUUCGUCAGCGGCUUCGUGGUGGAACCUAAGGAGUUUCCGUGCGAGAUACGGUUCCGCUCUGCGACGCAUGCCGCGUUGCUGGAC